GCAUCGCUCGCCCGGCUGCUCAGUCAGUAUACGGUGGAACGUUGCGCGGUCAAAAGCUUGCUGAAGACGCGCGUGUGUGGGUGUGUGCGUAACAACGAUUGCGAUAGGCAGAUCUUGGAGUGUCCGCUCCGGCCACUGGAGCUACCACGUCCGUAACCGAAACCUGCGCCAUGUGCGAAUUACUCUCCCGCGUUGUGCUCUAGUUUUCAUCCACGAUUCUCUCGUUGCUUUGGUGUGUGACUCCAAAGUGACUCCUGCAGAACAUUAACUGUGUGCGUGUGUGUGUGUGUGUGUGUGAGUGAUCCGCGUUAAAAAGAAAAGAGCGAUAGAAUGCCCUCCGCAAGCAAGGACAAAAUCUUUGGCCCGUGGAACCGCAGCGAAAGUACGGGCAACGUCGUGUACCUCUCGAACAACAACACGGCCGACAAUUUGGCGAAAAUGUUUUCCCGCACGGCUCCAUCGAGUCCGCGAUGGACACCGUACGGAUCGCGGCACAAUUCGCCCCCGAUGCCGAGCUCGCCGCUGUCCUCCUCGCCGCCGUCGACGCUGCGCCGCAACUACUCCAGCACCUUCACGCUCAUCCCCGAGGAUCGCGAGCUGGAGACUGUGCCACCGUGCGCACCGCCAUCAACGGCUGCAUCCACGCCGGAAGCCCCGGCAUCCCAGCAGCGCGUGUCCAGCGGGCGCAUCCUGCUGCGGCUGGUGCUCUGGUGGCCGCUGCUCCUAAUUGCCGUCGCCCAGCGGCUGCUCGGCUGCUGCAUGGCGCUGGCCUGGAAGCCGUUCCUGCUGGCGGCACCAGCCUUCUGGCUGUCCGCCUGCCUGUGGAUGUUCUGGAAGCUGAUAGCCCUGCCGUUGGCCGGCCUGAAGUGGGCCCUGGUCGCGCUGCACACGCCCGCCCACGAGCGCAACCGCCGCAAGCGAACGAUCCUGAUCAGCUGCGGUAGCACGAUCCAGACGCUGCAUCUCGCGCGCAACUUCUACAAGUCCGGUGCGCGCGUCGUCGUGUUCGAGUUCGAGGGUCUGUUCGCGCUCGCCCGCUUCUCGACCGCCGUCAGCAAGUUCUACGCGAUCCAGCGGCCCACGCCCGAGACGGUCGGCGAGUACAUAGCGGCCCUGUGCGAGAUCGUGGAGAAGGAGCAGCCGACCCACUACAUACCGGUGUGCGCCACGAGCCCGGCGCACUACGAUGCCCUCGCCAAGCCACACCUGGAGCUGCGCGGUUGCUCCAGCUUCAUCCCGGGCGCGCAGGAAACGUCCGUGCUGGACGACAUCCUGCAGGUGAUGCGCAAAUGCCAAGCGAACGAGAUACGGCUCCCGCCGCACCAGAUCGUAUCGUCGAAGGAGGAACUGGCCCGCCUGUACGACGGCGGCUGGCUGGCCGGGUUCCGCAACGUGAUGGUCGCUUCCGGGGCGCUCGGGCUGCUCGAGCGCAGCAAGUACGUCCUGCCGGCCAAUCGGCGCGAUCUGCGCCUCAACUACGAGGUGAGCGAGGCGCAAAAGUGGGUCGUCAUACGGGACGUGAUCGGGUCGCACUACGUCACCUGCACCACGGUGAAGGAUUCGGCCGUGAUCGCGAACGUGACGUGUGCGAUCCAGGCGGACACGCGCAGCCUGGUGCCGGAAGAGAACGCCGCGAUCGACCGGUGGCUGCAGGAGUUUUUCCGCCGCAUACGGCUCCAGCGCCCGAUCAACGGGCACAUCAGCUUCCGGCUGGUCAAGUGCCAGUGCAGCGGGCAGAUACUGCCGCUCGGCAUACGGGUCGGCGUGUCGCUGCCGUACAUCUGCUACACCGGCGUACACUCGCGCGUGCUCUGCAAGCCCUGCCCGCACUUUAGCCGGCAAAACUCGGGCCCGCUGGUGCAGGAGGGCGGCCGCUACUGGAUCCACGAGACGGUGCUGAACGCGCUGCGAAGGCCAAGCGUGGACGCGGUCCAGCAUCUGAUCGGCACGGUGAUCGACCAGCGGGAGGCCCUGUUCGUCUACUGGGAUCCGCUGCCGUACUGUGCGUACUAUCACUUCCAGCUGCCGUUCAACUCCGUCAAGCGCUUUCUGCACAAACGGCAAGCCUCACGCACCUCCGUACCUGCGAUGGCCGCACCGGUCCAGUGAGCCGCCGGGUGGCGGGAGCAGCAGCAGUGUUGCUGGUGGUGGUAGCUCCUCCCGGGGGCUCCUUGAGAUGACUUCAACGGGGGAUAGAGUUUAACGCAAAAACCGCAGCGCUCUGAUUGUGUUGGAAGAUGUAGGCGCGCGCGGGUGCACACACGCACCAGCACGCUGAUCACGAUGAUUAACACGUGUGAGCUGUGCUGCCGCUGUUGCUCUUUUCCCACAAGAGGGAGCCGGGCGAGGGAGCAACAGGUCGAACGAAAUCAAAAACAUCCUUGCGGCCAAUCUUGCCCAAUGUAGCGAUGUGGCAGGCGAGGGCAAAACCAAUCGAACCGGAACCACCAGCUACCACUACCACGACGACGACGAUGGCAGGGCGCAGACCAGAGCAAAAGUGAUUACAAACAUACAUAAGCAUGGAGAGAGAAUCAAUAGACUUUGAUCGCGGUUACGGGCGGGCACGCGGUGACACGCGGGCCCGCGUGAUGGGCCAGCUUUGCGGGAUAUAUGUAACAUUUGGCUCGGCGAGUCAAUGAUAGUAUGUGUGUGUGUUUGUUUGUUUGUGUGUGUGUGUGUGUGUGUGUGUGUGUGUGUGUGUGUGUGUGUGUGUG